AUGCAGGCAGCUUACGUCAAGCGGUCUACCAUUGAGGAGCGGGUGAAGAAGGUGAUUGCUGAGCAGCUCGGGGUGAAUGAGGAAGAGAUCACCCCCAAUGCACGCUUGGUUGAGGACCUCGGUGCGGACUCUCUAUCUAGUAUUGAACUUUUCUUGGCUCUGGAAGAGGAAUUUGACAUCGAAAUUCCGGAUGAAGACGCUGAAGCAUGGACAACUGUUCAAUCGGUUAUCGACUAUAUCACCGAACAUGCUUAA